AAAUCUAAACAAAAUUAAAGAGAGGAAGAGGGAGAUUGAGAGGGAGAAGACCGACGACGACGACGACGACGACGGAGGCGGCAGUUUUUUCCGUCCUGAAAUCUGACUCUAUCGGUUAAGGGAUUGAGGCAGCAGAAUAAGGGGGGUAUAUUAUAAAGCCAUGGAAGAUACGUUGGGUUCAACUAGUUCUUCAACAGCAAUCAACUCUUCCAAUAUAGGAUUUCAGCUAUUGAAGAAGCAUGGUUGGAAAGAAGGCACCGGUCUUGGGGUCUCUGAGCAGGGUAGAUUAGAGCCUGUAGAAACAUAUGUGAAGAAUAAUAAGCGAGGUUUGGGAGCAGAUAAAGCGAAGAAAAAGGCUGUCAAACCUGUUCAUACUGAUGAUGGUUCUAGGGAAAACAAUAAGCAGGAAACUAAGAAGAAAACCAAAGCACUUUCUAAACGGAUUAGAAAGAUGGAGGAGUUUGAGAGGAAGAUGCAAGAGAAGGAAUUUGAGCGUGCUUUCUUCAGGGAGUUCUGGCCAGAAAAUGUAUAAUUGAUAAUAAGGUGUAUCACACCAUUAUAUGUCAUCAUUACCUCCUGCAUUUACCAUCGAAUACUGUAGAUUAGUUCAUGGUUUGUGCAAAUUGGAUCUUCAAGCAUUUUCACAACAUACAGGAGUUCAGAAGCCUUUGCAAGACAAAAGGAGUUACAGCAUAUUUUAACUGUAAAUAAUAAACUUUUCUUUAAUUA